GCGCGCCGCUUCCGAUCUGAAGCAGACACGGCCUGGCGGACGCUCGAGUCUCGACACGCCGCGACCGCGCGCGAUCGGCGAUCCUGCUAUAUAUCCGUCGAUCCAUAUUUUCCAGACAUCCACCCACAGCACACGAGCAGAACACCCCCACUGCCGUGAGUUACAGUUACUACGCCGACCGAUCGAGACCUUCCGAUCGAUCCAUCGAUUCGUCUCCUCUCCCGUGAGCGCGCCAUCAUGAAGCUCUUCAUGUGCUUCGGCGGCGCGGCGGCGGCCGUGAUCGACGACGAAGCGGCCGAGGUGGCGGCCAGACACAUGCAGGAGGGGCAGCGUCGUCGUGGCCGCCGUAGCCUGUCGUUCCGGGGAAAGUUCUUGCCCGGUAAUAACAACAAGCAGGGAGGCAACGAGAAGAAACCGUCGGCGGCGUCCUCAAAGAAGCGGGGGAUGGACGCAGCAGACGACGUCGUCUACGGCGUGUCCAGGGCGUCGUCGGUGGCGUCCUCGGCGCUGCUGAGCUCCGCGUCGUCGCUGGACUCGAACACAUCAUCGGCGUCGUCGGCGUCGUCUUGCUCCUCCACGGCCUCGUCCUCGCCGUCGGUCUCGGGGGUGCUUUACCCGCCGGCGGUCAAGCGGCAGGCGAGUAAUAAUAAGAGGCCCGCGUCGUCGUCCCCGGUGGCGGGCGCGGCUGCCGUGGUGCUGUGCCUCCUCAUGGUGGUGUUCUGCGGCCGCGUCGGGGCCACGCUGCUCACGUCCACGGCGCUCUACCUCUUCCCGCGGCGGUGGCGGCCCGCGACGACGACGCGUAAGGAGAAGAAGGGCGCCGUCGACUCGCUGGAGUGCGACGCCGCGUCGUCGGCAAGCGAGGCAGAGGAAGAGGAGACGGCGAAGAGGAAGGUGGUUAUGGAGGGGUCCUCGGUGAGGAACCGCAACAAGUGAAGCGAUGAUACCCGUUGUUUCGUUCCUGCUAAUCCUUUUUUCUUUUUUGAGGAAUCACUGAUUCUUUUUGUUUGGAUGAGAAGGAAUAGUUUUGCAGUACUCACUAAUUAUUUUUUGCCCAAGGGUUUAUGUACUUGUAAAUCAAUGACAAAUGUGACCACACUUGUAUUAUAUACAAAAAUGCAAAAAUAGUAUGUAUAGUAUGAUAUUUUGUUGUGAAUAAUUGAAUGAUCAAGGAUAAUUAUCGCUUG